AGUCAUCCGGCCCCCCCACCUCUCUCUCUCUCUCGCUCUCUCACCAGCAUUCCCCUUCUCUCUCUCUCUCUCUCUCUCUCUCAGCUGCUCUCCCUCCCCUCCCCUCUCUUCUCGUGGAUGGUGUAGCUCUCUCUCUCUCUCUCUCUCUCUCUCUCUCUCUCUCUCUCUCUCGCAGUCUGGUGGAGCCGCACACAAGGAUUAGAGGGUUGCUGUGAGUGUCUGCUCAAAGAGAAGAAGCCAGAAGACAGAAAGAGAUUUAGAAAAAAUCUCUAGAAAAGGACAGCCAUUCUGUUGUGGAUAAGUGAUCUGAUAUAUCUUUACCUAUCAUCUCAUUCAAGCCAAGCUGAAGCCUUGCUGAGCCUUCACCUGGGAGAGGACAGAUAAGCCAAGGGACUCUUUAUCCUGGACCUCCACACGGGGAGCCAUGUGAGCGGCACCCCUCCACCCACUUCACACUACAGAAGUCCCCCCACAGUCUGCACUCUGAGCUGGGGAGCAGAGCCAGGAUUUUUGCCCCCCUCCCUGGAACCUCCACUUUCAGGGCUUGUGUGGAGGGACUCUCCAGGGUCAGCGUACACCAGCGGGAGACACUCAUCUCGGGGGAACUGGUCGGGGUGUGAGUGCCCCCUGGUCUGGAGGCCAGCCAGCAGCACUCCAGCACCAUGGAUUACCUGUUUGGGAUUGUAGUGCUGCUGUGCGGGGCGGUGCAGCUGGGAAGAGGAGUUGAGCCCAAGCACAAUGUACCCAGGCUAAAGCUGUCAUACAAGGAGAUGUUAGAGUCCAGUAACCUCAUCACCUUCAAUGGCUUGGCCAACAGCUCGAGCUACGACGCUUUCCUGUUGGAUGAGGAGAGAGGGAGACUACUGGUCGGAGCUGAGGACCACAUCUUUUCCUUCGACCUCGUCAACAUCAACAGAGACCACAAACAGAUUGCGUGGCCUGCCACCCCCUCUAAGAGGGACGAAUGCAAGUGGGCAGGGAAAGAUCUUGGGAAAGAGUGUUCUAACUUCAUCAGGGUCCUCCAACAAUACAACCAGACCCACCUGUACAUCUGUGGUACAGGAGCCUUCCACCCCAUCUGUGCUUAUCUAGAAAUGGGCAAGAGAGCAGAGGACAACAUCUUUCGGCUGGCCUCACAUUUCGAGAAUGGCCGCGGGAAAAGCCCCUAUGACCCUAAAAUGCUCUCAGCCUCACUUCUGAUUGAUGGAGAGCUGUACUCUGGCACAUCUGCUGAUUUCAUGGGAAGGGACUUUGCGAUUUUCCGUACCCUGGGAGAUCAACAUCCAAUCAGAACAGAGCAGCAUGAUUCAAGAUGGCUGAAUGACCCCAGGUUCAUUGGCGUACACUUGAUCCCAGAGAGUGACAACCCUGAAGACGACAAGAUCUUCCUGUUUUUCAAAGAGAAUGCCAUGGAUGGAGAGCACACUGGGAAGGCUACGAUUGCCAGGAUAGGACAACUGUGUAAGAAUGACAUGGGAGGUCACAGGAGUCUGGUGAACAAGUGGACCACUUUCCUCAAGGCCCGGCUAAUGUGUUCAGUCCCCGGGGUCAACGGCAUUGAUACACACUUUGAUGAACUGCAGGACGUAUUUCUCAUGAGCUCUAAGGACCCAAAGAAUCCAGUUAUCUACGCUGUAUUCACCACGUCCAGUAACAUCUUUAAAGGCUCAGCAGUGUGUAUGUACAACAUGGCUGACAUCAGAAGGGUUUUCCUGGGUCCCUACGCCCACAGAGAUGGACCCAACUACCAGUGGGUGCCUUUCCAAGGGAGGGUGCCCUACCCUCGGCCUGGCACUUGUCCCAGUAAGACGUUUGGAGGUUUUGACUCCACCAAGGACCUUCCCGAUGAUGUCAUCACUUUUGCCAGGGGUCACCCAGCCAUGUACAACCCAGUGCAUCCGAUAGGGGGACGUCCCAUCAUGGUGAGGACAGAUGUGGACUACCAGUUCUCCCAGCUUGUGGUGGACAGAGUGGAGGCAGAGGACGGACAGUAUGAUGUCAUGUUCAUCGGCACAGAUAUGGGAACAGUGCUAAAGGUGGUGACAAUCCCCCGAGAGAGCUGGCAUGACCUGGAAGAGGUUGUACUGGAAGAGAUGACUGUCUUUAGGGAGCCUACUCCCAUUACUGCAAUGGAGCUGUCCACCAAGCAGCAACAGCUGUACCUUGGCUCAGCCCUGGGUGUAUCACAGAUGUCUUUACACCGUUGCGAGGUGUAUGGGAAAGCAUGUGCUGAGUGCUGCCUGGCCAGAGACCCUUAUUGCGCCUGGGACGGCACAGAAUGCUCAAGAUACUUUCCUACGGCCAAGAGGCGAACCAGACGACAGGACAUCAGAAAUGGAGACCCUCUCUCCCAGUGCUCAGACCUUCAGCAUCAUGAUGACAUGGACGGCUUAGGAAGCAGUGUGGAGGACAGGAGUGUGUUCGGUGUGGAGAACAGCAGUAUGUUUCUGGAGUGCAGCCCCAAGUCUCAGAGAGCUCUCAUCUACUGGCAGCUACAGAAGCCCAACGACGACCGAAAGCAUGAGAUCAAGUUAGAUGACAGAGUUCUUCGUACAGACCAGGGUCUGCUCAUACGCAGUCUAACACAGUCUGACACAGGUGUCUACCACUGCCAGGCUGUUGAGCACGGCUUUAUUCAGCCCCUUCUGCGCCUCAACCUCCAGAUCAUCCCCACCCAGAAACUGGGUGACAUCCUUCCAGGACUUCCCGGUGCAGGAGGCGGUGUCGGUCAGUCUGCCAAGCACAGGCUCUGGUACAGAGAUUUCCUUUCUCUCUUGGACCACCCAGACCUCAACAGCGUGGAGGAGUUCUGCGAUAGAGUUUGGAAGAAAGAGCGCAAACAGAAGAGGGUGAAGACGUCCAACGGCAAUGGUCAGGGUAAACCUGACAGCACUGGCGGUUCCAACUCUGCAUUACGGCCUAAAGCUUUGGCUCCCAAUGCUCAGAAGCAACAAGCCAGUCCGCCACAGAGCAGGUCAUGGCCUCAGGCUGGAGCUCCAACAGCAGAGGAGCCAACACGGAGCCAGAAUUCCCAGAAAGGUCAACCAAAUCUAGGUAUGUUGAGUAGCCAGGCACCUAAGAACAGCCCAAAGAUUCAAAACAGCCAGAAGGGGCAGGGCAGCCUGGCUGGUUCUCAAGCUGUGGGGGGAUCUCGGGUGAGCAGCCAGCACACGGCCAAGUGGCGAAGGAUGCAGGAAAAUAAGAAGGGACGCAACAGGAGGACCCAUGAGCUUCAAAGACCUCCGCGUAGUGUUUGAGAAGAAGCACAGAGAUGCAACCAGAUCUACGAACACAAGCACAAACUCAUGCAUCCACACGUACUGUAUACACACAAACACAUUCUACAGAUUGUGUAUCCAAUGUAUGAUUCAGUGACCUCUCCAUAACAGCAGCCAAAACAAAAAAAAAAACAUCAAACACACUUUUUAGGUAGAAGUACAUGAACUGCACACAUAAGAACAAUAAAGCUCUCAUUCAAAGACUCAUACACAAAUGCACAUAACCUGUGAAGAGGACAAAGAUGAACAGAGGGCGGAGAAACUGGAAAGCAUACUGUAAAUGUGUGAGGAUAUGGCUGGUUGCCUGGGAUACUGCCUAGCAGACACUUCAACCUCCUGUACAUAAGCUACUAAAAUAAGACUGGGACAAAAAUGUUGACUGAGGUGUUUGUUGGUAAGCAGAUGGACUUAAUAUGCUGAGAGGACAGCUGUGGAGACAUUAAUAGAUACACGGACAUUUAUGGACGCAGAAAUGAUGCAUUCAUUGCAGCCUGCUUCCCUCUUUGACCUGAGCAUGUGAACUGCAAGAUAGUGUACAUGGAAAUAGAUUAAAAACUCUUAUUUUGAAGAACCUUCCAUCUAGUCUUUCAAGUCAACACAAACAACGGCAACCUUAAAGAAUGAAAGGGAAGGGUUGCAAUUCACCUCAAGGUGUGCACAGCUUGCACCAGUGGCCUACAUGUUUAAAAACAAAUCGAAGCAUUAUUACAUGCAAAAACUGCAAAGUCAUGCCGUGGUGCAGAGAAAGUGCUUCAUCGCAACCCUCUCCACCUGAGGCUGGGAAAACAUUGUGCAUGUUGUUGUCAGUCAAUGUUUUAAUAAGCUAGUUAUUUUAUGGAAUUCUAGAGGCUUUUUUUUUUUUUACACCCUACCUAAAAAAUGUUACAUGUUUCUUUUAUAUUUUCUUUCCUUUCCAAACCAGUGUUUCUAUUUUUGGGGCAAAAAUUACAAGCAACAUAGGCGUCUCAUUGUGCAUUAUCCCCUCUGCUCCCGAGGACUCUGUGUAAGUUAUUAUGUUGUUGCUUUUUCUGGGAUUUAUAGAAUCUGGGCACGAAUUCCAGUUGUAGACUAUCCUAAAAACCCAGUCUGUUAUAGACUGCCGCUUGUUUUGUGUACAUAUAUACAACAAACCUAACUCUCUGUGUAUAUACAGUACAUAUACAGUACAAGAACACCACUUGAUUAUUAUUUAUUGCUCAUUGUUUUGUGAAAGGGUUGCAUUUAUUUUUGAUAUUAUGGUAUUUUUGGCUCAUCAAUAUAUUGGAGAAACAAUGGCAACAGCAACAAAGAAAACUUUGAUGGACCAACUGACUGAAAUUGUAUCAAGGAGUCCCUUUUUGGGGAUAUAAGGCUUGAAAGUGAAUUAAGUACAGGGGUUUGUGUCAUUAGCCAAAUUUUUUGACAGAGAUCCCACCAACGAUAAGCACAAUUUUGUCUCUUUUGCCUUUCAGAACAGAUCAUUUUAUUACAUUUUCCUUUCUCCCAGAUCCAUCCAACAUGUCUUUUAUUCAUCGAGUAGCCAUUAUGUGUAAGAUAAUUCCCCGAACUGAAAAACCUUAGCUGUGAAUCUCUGUAAGAAAUAGUGGAGAAAAAUGUUAAAUCUAGUCUGAGGAGAAGACACGUUAUACUGCAUGUGAAUGCUACCUACAGUAAGUGCAUCUUUUUUAUCGUCUCUUUAUGUGUUUUGUGUGAGAGGUAAAGUUCCCUUAAAGCAAGGUGUGAAUUACUUUUGCCAAAACAGUGAUAUUAACAACUCAUGAUACUCUGGCCAAAGCUGUUCAAGAUCCAAGCUCCUUAAUCUCUGAUUCAACCGUGGUACCCCCUGUCUUCCCUGUCCCCUUAAUACAUGACAAGAGUAAUGUGUCAAUGCAAUAAAUUAGAGCAGUUAGUGUUCUGUACCAACACUCAAAAGUUUGGUGUGUCCCUAAUUCGGGUCUCUCCCUCAGAGUUAGAAAAGCGAGAGAGCUGAAAGUUACUCCUGCUGUAACACAGUUCUUUCUGGCAUGCAUUCAGUUGUCUAAAUAAACAUCUCCGUUACAAAAA